CUGACCCCGGGAGCUCCAGGCGUCAAGCUCACCGCGCGGUCCUCCUCACUUAAUCACUUCUCCUCUUCGCCUUCAUUGAUCAUCUAUUUGCUUGUUUCUUUCUUGACUCUCACUUACCGCAAAGAUGUGAGUUUAUCGCUGGUCAUCACUGUGAUUUCACAAAUGGUUCUCUUGGGUAUCGCCGGCAAGGACUUUGUCAUUCUUGCAGCAUCCAAGGCCGCAAUGCGAGGCCCGACAGUUCUCAAGGCCGAGGAUGAUAAGACACGACAGCUGAACAAGAACACACUUAUGGCCUUUUCUGGAGAGUCUGGAGACACUGUUCAAUUCGCCGAAUAUAUCCAAGCCAACGCUGCGCUUUACAGCAUGCGGAAUGAUACCGAACUCAGCCCCUCCGCCGUUGCCAACUUCGUUCGAGGAGAAUUGGCGCGUAGUCUGCGAUCUCGGAGCCCUUACACCGUCAACCUACUCCUCGGUGGCAUAGACCCUGUCACUGAGGCUCCCCAUCUGUACUGGAUUGACUACCUUGCGUCAUUGGCUCCUCUACCAUAUGCCGCUCACGGAUAUGCUCAAUACUACUGCCUAUCGAUUCUCGACAAACACCACAACCCUAACAUCAACCUUGAUGAGGGACUCAAGCUCCUCACUUUGUGCACAGAUGAGCUGAAGCGCAGACUACCUAUCGACUACAAGGGAGUCUUGGUAAAGGUAGUGACGAAGGACGGCGUCAGGGAAAUAGAGGUUGAUAACGAUAAGGUGGUCAAGAGUGCUUGA